AAAUUAGUGCAAAUAAGAUGGGCUCAAAAAACAAAAAUCUCCAGACCUAAGUCUUAAAAAAAACUUAAUUAAAACGAAAAAAAAUUAAAAUUUGAAUUAAAGUGUAAUUUUUCAAACAUCGUGUCUUUUACUUUUUUAGCUUCCGCUUUUUCACAUUACUUGGCAACUCUUUGAUAAAAAAAAUUGCACAAGCAAAAGAAAAUCGCAAUAUACAAAAGCAAAAGUUAAUAUACGUAUGUCCAUAUAUAAAAAACAAACAUGCAAUGCCUGAGAUGUUUAAUAAAAUAUGCUGGAGCAGCAGUAGUACAGCGGCAGCCACUUCGCCCCUUGUCAAUCCAAUGGAAUUUGGCCCAGAACCAAAAGCCGGUGGUUGGAAACCCAGGAGUACCCAAAAACAAAGAUACCAGGAGUUCCAAGACGGGCGCCCAGAAGAUCACCCUUAUUCAGCAGAAUGAGUCUCAUAGCAUCACCACUUUAGAGGAGGCUCAGAAAUUGGCAAAGAGGCGGGAGCUGCACCUGUUGCGCUUGGAGCAAACAGAUACCGGAAGACCCAUGUUUAAGCUAGUGACUAAUGCAGAAAUUCUAUCGGAUGAAGCGGAUCAAUCGAAGUUCACUAGCGAAAAGACCAAGGACAAAAAGUCGGAGAAGUCCCUAACUAUAGGUACACGUAUCACGGAUCAUGACCUCUCCUCGAGGCUCAAGAACAUUGUUAAAUGGCUAGCCAAGCGCCACGAAGUGCGCAUCCUCAUCCAAGGAAGUCCCAGUGGAUCUGAUGAGAGCAGUACAGAACGAAUAGUAAAAGCGAUCGAACAGACUAUCAAGGAGCCGCAAUUAAUUGGCAGAAUAGUCCAAAAACGCAGCAAGAGCACCUUCAUCAAGUUCAGCAUAAUCCCUGUAGCGGCGCAACCUGUCGUCACAGCUAAUCCAAACACAGCCCAGUCUUGACAACUAACGCCUUUGCUUCGGAUGCGCCAUGAUUAUAGCACGGCAAAGGGAAACCCACAGAAUUGCGUGCUUAAAAUUUCAUCCCGCCACUUUUCUGAGAGGGUAAGAAAGGAACGUAAAAAAUCAGUCGAAAUCAAUACCACUUCCAUUGUCACCACUGGAGUACUGUUUCUUUUAUUUUCUCUAAAAUAUUAUUACUGGCACCAGCAUUUUAUGAAACUCUGGAACAAACAUAAAGAAACACCAAAUAAUGAGCUAAGAAUAAAGAAGGAGGAUCCACCAUAGUCAUAGCCAGCAUGAACAAAAUCCCGAUUAUUGCUCAUAAUAACUGUUUUACUGUUUAUAAUUUUCGUAAAAAUUACACCAUCUUCUCAAAUAAAAUACCAUAAUAAUGCAA